AUGUGCGCCCUGAAAGAAAGCCUGCCUGCUAACGCAGGACCAGCUCAUCACCACUCGGCUCUGCCAGGUGACAUUUCCACAAAGGGGUCCCGGGAGCGGCUCGCACCGCCCUCUGAUCCCCGCUCUGCGGCCACAAGCUGGGGCCGAGCACCGAGGCCGCCGGGUCCCCCGGGAGCGCUGCGGGGAGCGCGGGGCUCCCGCUUCCGGAGCGAGUUUAACUGUGAUUCCGCUCCUGGGAGGCCGGUGGAGCCAAACGCGCCUCGGUUCGUGCAGCGCGGCCCGGGACGGACACGAGGCCCGGGCCAGGAGGCCGCCGUGGCCUUCUCCACGGGGCGGAGCGGGCUGCGGGGCUCCGCCAGCCAGGAUCAUCUCACUGACCCUGGCAAUGCGGGGGUCUGCAGACAGGGAGAGCACAGGAUCCAGUGGUACCACAGAGAAAUGCGUGUGGGGCGUGAAUUCAGGGAGGACACCAGUAGAAGAUAUGAAAACAAAGCUGGAAGUUUCAUCACUGGAAUAGAUGUAACCUCCAAGGAAGCAAUAGAGAAAAAGGAACAAAGAGCAAAACGUUUUCAUUUUCGAGCUGAAGUGAAUCUUGCCCAAAGGAAUGUGGCCCUGGAUCGAGACAUGAUGAAGAAAGCAAUUCCUAAAGUGAGGCUGGAUACAAUUUACAUCUGUGGGGUUGAUGAGAUGAGUACACAGGACAUCUUUGCCUAUUUCAAAGAGUAUCCUCCUGCUCAUAUUGAGUGGUUAGAUGAUACAUCAUGUAAUGUGGUCUGGCUUGAUGAAGUAACAGCAUCACGAGCCCUAAUAAAUAUGAGUUCUCUGCCUGAUCAAGAGAAACCAAAAAACAAGGAAAACAAUGAAGAGAAGGCAGCUGAAAAAAGCAAGAAAGAAAAAACAGAGGAAAGUUCUGAUGAUGAGACAGAAGAAGGCGAGGUUGAAGAUGACAAUCCAAGUGAUGUUGAGGUAGAAGAGGAUUCUCUCCUGCGUAAUGAUCUUCGCCCUGCCAAUAAACUGGCUAAAGGAAACAAGCUAUUCAUGAGAUUUGCUACUAAAGAUGACAAGAAGGAGCUGGGAGCUGCAAGGCGAAGCCAGUACUACAUGAAAUAUGGCAAUCCCAACUAUGGAGGCAUGAAGGGGAUUCUUAGCAAUUCUUGGAAACGAAGAUACCAUUCGCGUCGAAUCCAUCGGGAUGUGAUAAAGAAAAGGACCCUCAUUGGGGAUGAUGUUGGCUUGACUCCUCCUUAUAAACAUCGUCAUUCAGGUCUAAUAAAUGUUCCUGAGGAACCUAUUGAGGAGGAGGAAGAGGAGGAAGAAGAUCAGGAUAUGGAUGAAGAUGAUAGAGUUGUAGUUGAAUACCAUGAUGAACUGCAAGCUUUCAAACAGUCUCGAGAGCGCAGCGCAGCCAGACGCUCAAGUGCUAGUGCUUCUGAUUCUGAUGAGAUGGACUAUGAUCUGGAACUGAAGAUGAUAUCGACCCCCUCUCCCAAAAAAAGCAUGAAAAUGACAAUGUAUGCAGACGAGGUGGAAUCACAACUGAAAAACAUUAGGAACUCUAUGCGAGCAGAUAGUAUAGCAACCAGUAACAUCAAAAAUCGGAUUGGCAAUAAAGGAUCAUUGGAGAAAGUUGCAGAUGUAAGACUUCUAUUGGAAGAAAAACGACAGAACAGCAGUGGGCCACGUCAGCAAAACAGCAUUGUAAAAUCAGAUGUACGGCAGAGACUGGGAAAAAGACCACAUUCUCCAGAAAUUAAAACUCCAAAUAAUACCUCUGCUCCUCGUCGAGAGCCAAUAUCAGACGUACACAGCCGAUUAGGAAUACCCAAACAAGACGUAAAAGGCCUUUACUCAGAUACCAGAGAGAAGAAAUCAGGUAAUUUAUGGACUCGCUUAGGAUCUGCUCCGAAGACACAAGAAAAGCCUUCAGAUAAACCUGAAAACUCUGUGGCAUCUACAGAGGAAGAUGAUUCGGAGCUCCAGCGGGUUUGGGGUGCUCUCAUUAAGGAAAAAGAACAGUCUCGACAAAAAAAGAGUCGAUUGGAUAAUUUACCAUCUCUACAAAUUGAAAUCAGCCGGGAAAGCAGUUCUGGAUCAGACACUGAAUCAUGAUGGUUUUUACUUAAGAUCCUCACGAUUAUGACUCUGCAAUAUGGCAAGUUUUCUUUUGCCCAAAAGCUGGACACUGGCAAAGACUCUGCAGCGAAGGUUCCAGAAGUGUGUGCAUUCCUUUUAUACGAAAAUAGAGAUGCGUAACCACUUGAAACCUAAAGCAAUCACAUUUGUCUGCAGUCUGUGGUUGGCCCUGUGCUAUGUAGGGCAUUGUCAUACAUGUUUAUUACAGCAAACUUGUAGUUAAUUCUAGCAAAACACAUUUCCCCAAGCUUUGAAUUUAGAAGAGACAGAAAUACUCUGUAUUUUUAAGAAGACCUUUUCAUUCUUAAUAUUUGUAACAUGGAGUCUUUUAACAAAAUAUUUUACACAGUUCAUCCAAAGAACAGGACAUUUCAUAAUAAAUAACAUCGCCUUGCCCUUCCGACUGUUACCAGCACCUUUUCUUUCCUCCUAAGUAAUAAAAAUAAUGCUUCCUGGAUGGGCAGAUGGCAAGGAUAAAGCAUAAAGGGACUAUCACGUGCCCUUCCUCAAAAUACUGAAUGUAAAUCUAAGUGUUUUU